AGCACUGGUUGAGACCUGCCUAAAGUUGUGCACCCCUCGCAAAAAGUGGGCAUGUCGGUGUCUCCCGUAAAACGAGCAAAAGUCGGCCCCAGCGACUGUUUGUCGUACCUGCAGAGCCUGGGAGAUGUUCGACCGGAAGACGCCGCCCUGCAGUUGGCCCAGCGAAUUCGGGCGGAGGAGGAGGAGGCGGCGCAGGCGGACACGUGCGGCGGCGCCAACCAAGCCGCCCUCAACAUUAGUUUCCGGGUGUACUACCACAUAGUGCACAAGUACGAUGUGAACGACUCGUACUUCGAAGAUCUCCCUCGGCGUUUGACCUGUAAACAACCCACUGCCUUUUUGAUGCUCCAAUCUGUGCUCUUAACUGAUCAUUGGAAGCGACUUGAUGCUGAGUUGCUGGAGGAGAAGUGCACCACUGCCAUAAUUGAGUCUCUGCGACAAAACAAUCCCAGUUUGAUGGCCGUUCUUAAGGCUACAAACCUGCUGGUGAAGAAGUUUCCCAAGCUGGAACUACUUCCCCUUCGUUUGGAGCACUUUUAUCAUUGUCUGCAGCGUCAGACGCAAACGGGCUCCCGCGAGGAAACCCUAACGCUUUACAAUCACUGCUGUAAACAGCCGAAACGUGCGUUCUCCUACUUCCGGCUUAUUGUUGAGUUCUGGCCGUGGACGAAUCGAAACAAGUACUACUUGCUGAGCGGCGCCCUUAACUCACAUCAGCUUCCCGAUCUUCUGGCAGCCACGAACCAAACCGAAGAGGAGUUUUUAAAUGGACUCCGACUUAGCUUGAGUUAUAAGGGUCUCCGAGCAGCUAGCCAAUAUCCGGUGAAAAGCUUGAGCAACCAACGUUCACCAGCUUUACUUACCGCCAGUGUGGAACUGCUGUUGAAUGGCAGCGUGGCGGAGAUCCAAAACUUUCAUUCCCAGUGGUUUCUUCGAAUCCAGCAACGCGAUGUGCUGUUUGAACUUCUACAAGCCAAUCCGCAGAUCGUUGAAUUUUUGGCCUGCUCCGAGGAACUAAGGUCACCUGGCGACCAGUUAAGACUGAUACUGAUAUUUAGCAUGUUUGCCAAAGAGAUAUAUUCUGCUUCAAUGUUGCACUUUUUCAAGAUCAGCACAGAGCUGCUGACCAACUGCCGUCAAAUGGAGACGGAGGCACAGCUGUUAGUGUUCCGGUUUCUGGUAGACAACCUGGGGAACUUUGCUGUAGAAGACUGCCUGGAAUUUUUUCACAGCUUUGUCGAGCGCCAUCGCAGCGUAGAAAGCUCAGAGUUUCGAAACACGAUGCUGGGCAAAAUGCCCACAAUAAUCAACCACACGGCAAAGCAUUUCCACAAAGUGCUUAAAGCGGACAGUGGAGUAGGUGGCGAUGCCUUGGCGCAGAAUAUCAAGCGAUUCUUUUCACACCUACAGAACCUGAUAGAGCGGGAUAUCCACAGCGAGGUGUAUCAACCCAAGAUCUUCGCCUUGAAGCUACUGGAGAUUUUAAACAAGUCUUUAUAUGCCAAACAAGUUGCUAAGAAUGCAAAAAUGUGCAGUCCGCAGCAGAAUCAGCGAAUGGGGUUAUUUCUUUUAGAGCACGGAGUCUUUCGGCCAAAGGAUAUGGCGCAACAACUUUUUGAAACCCUUAACAAUCCUCAGGGUUUCGAUGAUGCUUUGGAACUGACAGUUUCUCUUUUGACUCAAUUGGGCCAUGUGGACAGCGAAUUGUGUGUGGAGCGUUGUUUGGGACUUUGUAUCACAUCUGAUGUGGACGAAUGCUCACUGGUUUCGCUCUACGCCCAGUUAGCAGUUACAAAGAAAGAAUCUGGCAAGAAAAUAUUUACCGAAUGUUUAAACCGGUUGUUGGACAAAGUGGAUACCUUCUUGAACGAUCCAUUGCAAACGGCCAAGAACGGCGGUAAUCUUUUUGGCUAUCUUCGCGGAGUAGACGAGGUUGUCAAAGCCGGAGUUCCCGUGAAUUCCCCACUGGAUGACUUGCUGCCACUGUUAGAGCGAAUACUCAACGGUAUCCUGAAGUGCCUCAACUUGGCUAACGCUCGAAAACAACAGGAGGCAGCCGCGGCAGCCAGUUUUCAGGACAUGGACGAGAGUCUACAGUUGCUGGUUAGCGAGAGUUCCUUCAAGUCCGAUGGAGAGGAGGAGGCGUGUCGAAAGUACUUACUUAUGAGUUUCUGGCUGACUCUAAAGGGUUGCUGUGAUCUAGCCACUAGCAUUGGGUGCUCUCUACUGCAAACAGAUGGGAAAAAAGUAAAUUCUGAAGCUCUUCGUCGUUGCCUCGACAUCAAUGUGUCCGUUUUAACGCUCUGCCGGCACAAAGGAGCUAUCGAGGCGGCCGGGUUGAGUAUAGGCAGACUCACCCGUGCAAUAACCAGCAGUUUAGAGAGCGACGAUGCCUGUUUCCAGAUGUUGCACGAUUGCUUGGAACGCGAGUUGUUGACUGAGAGCCGCCAGGUGAGCACCACACGUCGUGGUGCCGGCUUCGCCAUAAUGUUUCUACAUGUGCUGAAAAACGACAAUCCACGGCAGCGACUGCUACUGCAUCGAGCUGUGCAGCAAAUUCUUCAGAGGCUAAACGGACAUCGUUCCGAGGAGAGUAUUUCGUUGGAUAGCAAUCACGAUCGUUGGGAGGCAUUGGUGCUGCAUUACCUUUGCGUUCUUGUGCGCGACACCGAACUGAGGCCAGCAAUGAGCAAGUACUACAAUGAGAUCCUGCUAGUGGCCAUGGAGCACAUUGACAACCCUGAGUGGACCAUCUCGAAUGCGGCGUUGCAACUCUUUGGCGCCAAUCUGGGAAAACUGGUGGGCCAGCGUCAGGCCACGGAGUUCGAAACUCGUCCCGCUUGGGAGCCCAGUGAACUGGACUACGACGAGCUGGGAUGCCUGCUGCCGAAGGCCUGCGAGCAUAUGUUGGAAUGCUGUGACCGCCAGGAGGUUACCUCUUCUAUCAUACUCUUUUUGGCCUUCCUUUCCAAGGUGGAGCAUCUGCGCACUUCGGGUAGCGGAGAGCCAAAUCCCCUGCUUCUUCGAUUCCGUCGGUUAAGCUGGCGUUUGCUGCGGCACAAGUGCGAUCAAGUGCGUCAACUGGCAGCCACUUGUUUUGUGCGCUCACACGAGUUCCGCUGCGAUCUGCCAGCGGCGCUGCUGGUCAGUGCGAAAUUGGCGGCAAAUCUUGACGAGGAGAACUUUUACGAGGGACUCAUUUACACCCUGACUUCAGGUGUGUUGAAACUUAAACACGAAGCCCGACAUGUUUGGAACGAGGGUCGUUUGGAAAAUUUUUUCGACGAACUGCUCACGUCGUUGAACGUCACGGAACAAGUGAGUCGGUUUAAGCCAUACACCCUGAACGUGCUGCUUGAACUGCUGAAGUUGCUGGGAAGCACGGAUAAAUCGACUCUCGUGGAGUCACUCGCCUCCCACUAGCUAAAUUAGUUUUAUCUUAUCUAAUAUUAAGCCAAAAAGUAAUCUUUUCUUGUCAACGCUUUUACAACUAUUCAAAUGACGCAUUUUAUGUUUGUACGCAGUAAACGAAACGAAAGUAUCUACCAAA